CAGCGACGUUUCAAUUGGUCCUAGCAACAAGGUUUCAAUCCACAACCCACAACUGGGGUAUAUGGCGAGAGGUAAAUGACCUCGAUUGUAUUGUCUCACUGCGUUAUUCGGGUCUGAACGCCACCAUCUUUAAUUUAUCGCGGGGAACGGCGGCCCCAGAAACCUAAUCCUUGGAGGUUUGGAAACUUAAGCAUAUCGUCCAUAAUCUCUCAUGGCGGCGCUCAUGUAUAUAAGAACCAAAGGGUCGACCAGAAAAAGGGUUUAAGUCAUAGCUACCUCCUGGAAUCUACCCAUUGGCCCGAGCUUUCAACAAUCAACAGUCUUGUUUCUGAUUACUGAAAAUGGUGACCAUGAAGAGACUUGCCUUUGCGGCUCUGGUGCAGGUUGCAUCAGCAAAGGUUUGGCUAGCUGGUGUAAAUAUUGCCGGCUUUGAUUUCGGCUGCGGCAACACAAACGGAGACUACUCAAGCUCCAGCGUCACCGCGCCUUUGUCCUCCCAAGGACACGCAGAUGGCCUUGGGCAGAUGAACCAUUUUGCUCGUGACCAUGGUCUCAACGUGUUCCGGCUCCCAGUUUGCUGGCAGUAUCUUGUGAACAAUGUCCUUGGUGGCAAUUUGGAUGGUAACAACUUCGCUGUGUAUGAUCAGCUCGUCCAGGGUUGCUUGGCUACAGGUGCUUAUUGUGUUGUUGACAUUCACAAUUAUGCUCGCUGGGGCGGCCAAGUCAUUGGUCAAUCGGGUGGUGCUGUCACCAAUAACCACUUCGCGAGCGUGUGGUAUCAGAUUGCAGCAAAGUAUGCAGGACAGCCAAAGGUUAUCUUCGGGGUUAUGAAUGAGCCUCACGACCUCAAUAUCAAUGACUGGGCCACAACAGUUCAGUGGGCUGUUGAUUCAAUCCGCAACGCCGGCGCCAAAUCUCAAAUGAUUUUACUCCCCGGCACUGACUACACGUCCGUGGGUGGUCUCAUCCCCACAGGAUCUGCCUCCGCUCUGAGCGCCGUGCACAACUUGGAUGGAAGCAAGACUAAUCUGAUCUUUGAUGUCCACCAAUACCUUGAUUCGAAUUUUAGUGGCACGAGCCCUGAUUGCAGCACCAAUGGUGUGGCUAAUUUGGAUACCCUUGCCGGUUGGCUGAGGAGCAAUGGGAGACAGGCUUUCCUGACUGAAACUGGAGGUGGAAGCACGUCUAGUUGCUAUACUAAUCUGUGUUCUGAGUUGGAUUGGAUGAACUACAAUGCCGAUGUGUAUCUGGGGUGGAUUGGAUGGGCUGCAGGAUCGUUCGACACAAAUUACGAACUAUCAGAAACACCUACAUAUUCAAAUGGAGUGUGGACUGACCGGGGGAUUGUGGCAAAUUGCGUGGCAGGAAAGUUUAAGUAAACCGAGGCAUAGAUGCCUCGGUGCAUACCUAGACGCGGGCCCUGUUGGCAGCAAGCCUUCCAAUUCGACUAAACCACGUCUCUAUUUAUCUGUCGACUGCUGGUUUCGACAUCCACGGGUUAUUGCUUCUACUCCGAGUAAUAGUACUCUGCC